AUGAUCAUCAGAGACGAUCUUACAGGUAGAGAUUGUACUAGAACAGUGGUUAAACAAGGAGAAAGCGAGUACGGGGGGUUCGGUAAACAAAGGUGGAGGAUACGUGCUUUUGAGGCAAGCAGAACGGCAUUCAAAAACCAAAAACUCCAUCUUGUCUUCGUCUUCCCCCACUUGGAAUCCUUUACUCCCACCAAAAACAAAACACCAGCACAGGACACCACUAUUGCAAGCUCUCCCCCUUCUCUGAUUCCCACAACACAAGCCACACACAUCACUCUUCCUACCAAGAAAUGCCCUAGCAGAGAGCCAGAGAUUGGAGUUUUUCUCUCUGUUACUGCUGUCUGCUUCUCUCUUGGAAGGGUCAUUCGAUGCACGGGAGGAAGAAGAACACACGGGGGAUGGCUCGGGAGGAGCAGCAGCAGCCGCCGGCCAGCUCCAAAGGCCAAGCAUGGUUCUGCACCACAGGAUUGCCCAGCGAUGUAGUGAUCGAGGUGGGCGACAUGACCCUCCAUCUUCACAAGUUCCCGCUAAUGUCGAGAAGCAAGAAGCUUCACGACCUCAUCACGAACAAGGAAUCACGCGAGGCCAAGCAGAGAGAAAGAGGAGGAGAGGAAGAAGAGGAUGCAGGGGAGAUCAGAGAGGAGGAACUGGUGCUGGAGGAGGACGAGGAGGCGGACGUGCACCGCAUCCGCCUGCCGGAGUUCCCCGGCGGCGCGGAGGCGUUCGAGCUGGCCGCCAAGUUCUGCUACGGCGCCAAGCUCAACCUCACGCCGGCCACUGCAGCGCCGCUGCGCUGCGCCGCCGAGCGCCUCGGUAUGUCCGAUGACCACUCCGACGACAACCUUGUCUCCCGCGCCGACCGGUUCAUAUCCCAGACCGUUCUGAGGAACCCCAGGGACGCCAUCCGCGCCCUCAAGUCCUGCGAGGGCCUCCUCCCCCUCGCCGACGACCUCGGCCUCGUGUCGAGAUGUGUGGACGCCGUUGCAGCCAAGGCUGCCGCAUCCACGCCCACCGCGCUCUUUGGCUGGCCCAUCGCCGACGAUGCCAGGGCCGGCGACCGCCAGCGCCGCAAGAACAACGCCAGCGCCGGGGCCACCUGGUUCGACGACCUCGCCGACCUGUCCUUGGCCACGUUCACCCGUGUCAUUGCCGCCAUGAAGGAGCGCGGCGUCGCCCCCGAGGUCAUUGAGGGGGCUCUCAUUGCGUACGCUAAGCGGUCCAUCCCCGGGCUAUCACGCUCCGGCAGGCACGUCGGCGAAGGGGGCGCCGCCGCCGCCGCCGCAGCCCCGCCGUCGUCGGAUGGCGACCAGAAGGCUCUUCUCGAGACCGUCAUCGCCAACCUCCCGGUGGAAACCAUCAAGAGCACUGCCCACACCGGCACGGCCGUGGGCUCCACCACGGCGCGCGUCCUCUUCGGCCUCUUGCGUACGGCGAACAUCCUUCAUGCAUCAGAAGCUUCCCGCGACAUGCUCGAGCGGCGCAUCGCCGCGCGGUUGCCCGACGCGGCCGUCGAGGACCUGCUCAUCCCAAGCUACUCGUACCUCGUGGAGACGCUCUACGACGUGGACUGUGUGGAGCGCAUUGUGCGGUACUUCCUGGAAGGCCGGGACGCCGACGAGGGCAAUGAGGAGGACGGCAGCGAGGCGGAGACGCCUGGCAGAGAUGCUAGCAGACGAGCCAUGGUGGCUGUGGGAAGGCUGAUGGAUUCGUACUUGGGCGAGAUCGCGACAGAUGCCAACCUGAAGUCGGACAAGUUCUGCGACCUCGCCUGGGCAUUGCCGGACAGCGCCCGCGUGUACGGCGACGGCCUUUACCGUGCUGUCGACAUCUACCUCAAGGCUCAUGCAGGGCUGACGGAAGAGGAGAAGGAGAAGGUGAGCGGCGUGGUGGACGGGCGCAAACUGACGCUCGAGGCGUGCACACACGCGGCGCAGAACGAACGCUUGCCGCUGCGGACGGUGGUGCAGGUGCUCUUCUUCGAGCAGCUCCAGCUACGCCGAGCCAUCGCACGGACGAUCAUGGCUAAUGAAGGGGGAGCGGCAGCGUCAGGGGAGGAAGGCGGUGACAGUGACGGUGGCGGAACGUGGCACGUGGCGGCACGGGGCAACCAGAUGCUGCGGCUGGACAUGGACAGCAUGCGGAACCGGGUGCAGGAGCUUGAGCGCGAGUGCACCAGCAUGAGGAAGGUUAUCGAGAAGAUGGACCGGCGAGGCGGGGCAGCCGUGGACAGAGGAGCACCGUCAGCGGAAGGGAGGUGGGGCUCGAUGGUGACGAAGCGGUUUGGGUGCAAGUUCCCAGCGCAGGUCUGCCAAUCACAGCAGCGGACGGUGGUGGGACGGCCUCGCCGGCCACGCAUUGAGCAGAGCCCCUGAAGCCAUUACACAUCAUAGCUUCCACUUCUUUGUUCUGUUCUCUUGAUUCUUUGCUUCGAUUUGUGAAAAAAGUUGAGGGUUUUCUCAGCGCGGGAUUGUGAUUUUUACCAUGCUUGAUCAUUGAAUUGCGUAGUAGCCGUGCACAAAUUGUAAUUGGAU